AUGCCGUCAACAAGAGGCAAUACUCGUGGUUUUUCAAGUGACGAUGAUGUGCAUUUGCGCUCAACAGAAACAUUUCACGUAACAGUAGCUGAUUUCAAUGAACGAAUUAAUCGAGUUCACAUAGUUCUUGGAUUGGAGCAAGAUAUGCUAAAAGCAUAUCCAGAAGCUCUUCCAGCUCGUUAUGUUGUUGGUAUUCAAUUUUUUACAACUCACAAUCGCUCGAGUUUGUUUUACGGAAGUAAACAAGGUGAAUCAAUUGUUGAAGAAUUCAAAGAUGGUUUUGUCAUUGGCUAUGUUCGAGGUGCAUCAGGUACAUUUAUUGACCGGCUUCAGUUUAUUUGGUAUAAAACUUGA